AGCAGCCGCCGCCGCCCGAAGGCUCCAAGCCGCUGAGCGCCCUCCUCAGCGGCAUCGCCCAGGCCGCCUACUACGGCAACGCGGACAUCACCGAGGAGCUGCUGCGCGGGCAGCUCUACCCCGAGGCGGCGCCGGAGGAGUUCCGCGCCCUGCGCGCCAAGAUGGGCGGCCUCCUCCAGUCAAUUGCUUCAGCUGACAUGGAUUUGAAUCAGCUGGAGGCUUUUCUCACUGCUCAGACCAAAAAACAAGGUGGCAUCACAUCCGAUCAAGCUGCAGUCAUUGCAAAAUUUUGGAAGAACCACCGAAUAAAGAUCCACGAGAGCCUGAUCAAUCAAAGCCGUUGGGAUAAUGUCUUGAAAAACAUGAACUGGCGAGUGGAUCUGAAGUCACAGUCAAGACACAUUGAUCAGAUAAACACGCCUGUUGCAAUAGUUGAAAUGGAGCUGGGGAAAAAUGGGCAGGAAUCAGAGUUUCUCUGUCUGGAGUUUGAUGAGGCCAAGGUGAGCCAGAUGCUGAAGAAACUCUCGGAGAUAGAGGAGAGUAUGACUUUGUUGACUCAGACCACUUAACCAAAUAAAGAGAUUGCAACUC